AUGAGGCAUUUUCAUCGCCCCAGACGCGCCGAAACCUCAUCCGUUUGAAAGCUGCUUGUACCAAGGUCUACGGGGUCAUCUUGGCGACUGUAAGAAGGGAAAAUAGAUUGAUUUAACGAUUGGCUUCGAAUCGACUGUAUACAGAACAGUGUUUUCUAUGUUGUAAUGUCGGCAGAGCUGAAGAAAAUGCCCUCGCAAGAAGUAACAGAGGGAAGCAAAAUCGAACUCAGAACGUCUUCUGGGACGGUCAUCUGCCUAAACUUUUCAGAGAAGGACCAAGUCUUACCGAAAAUUGUUCGCCUUGUCGACCCAGAUACCGAUCACUCUGUAGUUUUUCGCUCGGAAGACGGGGUCUACCAGGAGCUGGAUUCAGACUGUGCUUCAAAUUUACAAGAACUUCAACAAUUGAACGAUUGCCACCAUUGUAACUGUGGUGAUUCAGCGAAUGAACAUCCUCAACUCAACGGUUCCGACGUUCGCAAAGGAGAUGAACGACUUGAAAAACAGCGCGAAAAACUUCAGAAGAAAUUAAGGGAGAGAAAAGCAAGUAGUAAAGACGACGAAAACUGUAGUGGCCAUUGCCAUCAAAUCAUCCAAUUACCAAUUCACGGGCUUAAACAGUAUGUGCGGGUUAAUUCAGCCGGUAUGAAUGGAGAAAACAAGACUGACUCUUCUAAAAGCGGUAAUUUAUUUUAAUACGACGUUUGAAUGUUGUUUCUUUAAUAAUUGUUGGAUUAAGUGUACAGGAACAUUCUUUUGGAACCGCUAAUUGAAAGAAGUAAACCAAGUCUCAUUUUUUAUUUUAUUUCUGUUUUAGUCGUGUAGUGAUACUGUGGGAAAAAAGUAAGCUUUACUUGAUGUCUUGAAAAUCUAAAACAAAAAUUCCUGUCAUUUCAAGUUUAAUAUUAUUCAUUGUUCAGUACGGGAAAUUUCUCUUCUUUUUAUAGUCCUUGCUUUGUCUGCUUCCGAUUGUCACCUUUUUAUGGUUUGGUCACACUUUAAUAUUAAUAGUGAAACCCCCAAAACUAGGAGAAAUAAAAAGUGCUUGAUAAACCAAAAAUAAAUUCUUUAUUUCUCCACAGACAUGACGUUGGAGACGAAGCCUACAACAAAUGGUACGUAUAAUUUACUCCAGUAGAGUCUGUUUUUAGUUUCAAGUUUUAACAAGCAGUUUUUGUUGUUAAAUUUUUGUUAAAAACAAACACGAUCAUAAGUUAUAGAUGAACAUGGUGUUACUUGUACUAGCCAGUCUACAUUAGUACCUGUCCUUUCUGUGCAAGAAAAUAGACAAAGAUUCUUUCGAAACAAUUAAGUUAGUAAAUGAAUAAUUUCCUUUUGAGAAAAUAUUAUAUUUUCUCAAAAGGAAAUUAUCCCUUUAUAAAAAUAGUAUAUUAUUUCAUUAAUAGUAUGAUGUUCAUAUUUUAUUAUACUCUUUUUUGUCUCACAGGAAACAAAAAUUUUAAAAAAUGUUAAGUUAUGUUUCCUUUAUUUAUACAACAUCUGGAAGGAACUCAUAAGAUCUGUUAUCUUCUGGAAAGGGGUUAAAGUUAUCCUACGGGCCUUUUAUGCAUGUAUAUGUGUUGUAGGUUAAUUUGUUUUUUAGGUCAAUCUGUUUUUAACCUAGGUCAGUUUGUUUCAAGCUAGGUCACUUUGUGAAAGAAAGGGAAUUUGUUAUGGACAUUUUCCUAAAUUUCUCAUACAUUUGAGACUACUAAACAUUUGCUCAUACAUCAAAGUGAAUUUUAUAAGACAAAAUUCCAUUGGUCCCUGUGUCAGACCUUCUUUUUUUGUGUUUUUACAUCUAGCAAAAAUGCAAUAUAAAGUGUACUUGGUAAUGUGACACUGUUUCAUUACACAGGUGUUCUGAGUAAAACUACUCCAGCCAUUAGAACAGCAAGAAAUUGUGCAUAAUUUAUUACUUUUACAUACAGUAGCAAUAUGUAAUUUAUUAGUCUCGGACAUGAUAUUGUAUCAUUAUAAAUAUUACUGUUGCAGUGAAAUUUUUAUUUUCCUUUUGUUUUGGGGAUGCUUUUCUAUGAUAAUAUUAGGAUGGAACAAAACGAAAAAGAUUUCAACCAUGAGAAGUAUAGGUGUAUAAACCACCCUCCUGUUAAACUUGAAUUUUCUUUCAUGUCUCAUAUCAACAAUACAUGUAAUAAUUAUAGCCUGCACCGUAGAUGAAACUAAACUCUUGUUAAGUCCGUUUGCCAGACAGUGCCAAAAUCCUUGUUCUGGUCCCUCAGCUGUGUAACAGGAUUUGAGUAUGCACUAUGAUAGCCUGUUAAAAAAGCCAUUGUGUAUUUGCCAAUCCAGAUGAAAGGAAAUUCAAAACACUCUUGUGGCAAUUUAUUGAGUCUGUUGAGGGCCCACAACAAGGUUAUCAGCACUGCUUGGAAGACGUUUACCAGCCAAGGUUGAAUUAUGUCUGCAAUGCAGGCUAUAAUAUUAGGGCUAUUAAAAAAGGAAAUUCUGAAUCAAACUAGGUUAUUCAACAAAUUAUUAUUCAUCAAGCCCGAAUGAGCUAUGAGUCGAUAGCCCGGCCUUAUGGGCUAUUGACUCAGAGGCCAUGAGGGUGAGAGGAAUAAUAGUAAAUCCAACUAGUUGGUCAAAAAUGUUCAGACAAAACAACUUUAGCUAGCAAAGCAUGAUUCAGCCACCAUUGUUUUGGUUUUCAAAGCUGGCGCCUUUCGCUACUAGCAGGCUAUAACAUAUAGCCUAGUAGUAGCUCAACCAAUCAGAACACAGCAUUGAUAAUAGACCACUAGUUGGAUUUUACUAAAAUAAUGAGGUUACCCAGCCUCUGCUUUUUAGCCAUGGUAUGACUUUUUGCAAACAUGAUGGAAACAAAUGGAAAUUGUGCAUCCCUGUUUUGUAUGCUUGAUGACAGACAAGAUGGUGAAAAACACAUGCUUACUAGUAUUUAUCUGCAGUCACUUAUUAACCAGUGCAUUUUUGUUGACCCAUAAGCAACGGAAACUCUGCACAGUGAUGUGUCAUGUUGGGUACCAUAUCUUAGCCCUCGUAUUACAACCUGUAUCACGCGCAAAUGUAAUAAUGGCCAGGUCCUGGUUGUUCAAAUGACGGAUUCUUCCAAAUUUGGUCGACAGUAGCUGGUUAUGAUGAAUUAUGCAUGGAUAGAGAUUUAUCUGAUGGAUAGCAUUAUCCUCCUUUCAAGCAACCGGGCCCUGGCCACGGUGCACCAAUUGCUCUCAUAAGGAUAUCAUAUCAUUAACAAUGAAACUUUUAUUUGCAUUGAAAACGGAAAAAAUGUUGAAAAGGAAAUUUGAAAGGUUAUACUAGCCUUCAAAAUUCACAUCAUUUAGAAAAAUAAUAACAACAACCACAGGAUGAUGACUAUCGACCUUGUGCAUGUUAUACCAUAUAAACUUCACAAACAAAAUACAAGCAUCAUUGAUCUGCAUGCAUAGAUGGAUUUUUGUGCAUUUUCAAUUGAAAUAUUUCUCAUUCUAGUUACAGUGAGUAAAACAAACAUCCAAAGAAACUUUGAACUUGGUGUGUAAUUUUAUCGUAACUUGUAUAGAAUGGUAUCAUUUUUGAAAAUGAUACUGGUAUAACUCUUAAGCCUUACAAGCCUGAACACUCUGGGUAUCAAUAAUAAUAAUAAUAAUAAUAAUAAUAAUGAUAUUGGAAUCUCAGUUCAGAGGCCGAUAUACAUACCAGGGCUAAAAUGAAGUCUUGAAGCAGCCGUAGCAAAAGAAAAUUCACAUGUAACAUCUCACAAACAUUUAUAGUGCCACCUUUAGAGUUUUCUACUCAGAUCACCUGUAACAUCAAGUGUGCUCAGCCAUAACAGGUUUUACAGGUUACAGCCCUUAAUGACAGCUCUGCAUACUGGUUAAUUAUGCAGAUGUUUGUUUUGUAUUAACAGUCAUACAACAGUAAAAUCAUGCAAGGUUACCUGAUUCCCAUGUAAUUAUAAUUACUUUUGUUUCUUUGGCUUUAUUAUAGGUAAAGAUAUAUCUGAAGAGUUAAAAAUACACAAGGCUCCCGAGGUAACAUAUGAACAUCAGUGGCCUUUUAUUUCCUCAGUUACAGCUGUAUCUUGUAGUUUACAAUACUGGUUAGACCCAGUGAUGUGAGACCUCAGCUGUGAAUUGGUCCAUUAUGCUUCUCUUUUGUAUGUUACAGGUCAAAAUUAUAUUUAGUUUAAAAUUUUAAACUAGCUAAGCACCAAGAUUCAUGUAAAGCCACAAUAUUUGGGGUCAGGCAGUUUAUUACAGUUCUUUGUACUAGUAAUACAAACAAUAUCAAUCAAACUCGACCAAGCACAAUGAAACGGAUUUUUCAAGGUUCUCUAACUCUCUUUACAUCUUUUGAAUUCGCAACAUCCUGUCAGAAAAUCAAAGUUUUGUACAUGUGCAGUAACAGGAUACUGUUCCUUUAAAGGAUGGGGACCCCUGUGUGGAAAAUGGGGCAGUAAACCAGGAGGCAUUGAUAUUGACUCAUACUGAGUCCCGAAUUAAGACAGCUAUGGAAAUUUCCACUACCCGCUCACGAAACUGAAUAGUUUUGCUCCAACGGAUAGUAACAAGUUUGCCCCAAUGAAACAACUUAAAAUCAGUCUUAAGCUGCCUAGAAGGGUUAAAAAGUGUCGCUGUUGUUGGGAGUAAGUGCAAUUUCCAGAAAAAGCUAUAAAAUGCAAUGAGGCAGACAGCCCAGAAGGAGGAGUCGGGCUAGAUUUGAGGUCAAGGCGAUCGUUUAUUAACUUCAAUAUCUUAGGGUUAUGUAAUCAGUAUUAAACUUCUGAUUAACAACUAAACCUUUAGACCUGUUGAUGCCAAAGAAAAACUUAUGUUAAACUAACAAUGUGUACUGCUCGCUGUAAAAACGCUAUGUGAAAUAAGUACUUAGAUGACAGAACCUAGUUUAAAUAUCGUUGCAUGCUGCGAUUUACGAGACAGUCCAUAUCUCAAACCGCCCUCCCCCUUUUCACUUACACUUACAUGAAAUUUCUAAGUUUCUUGACUCAGAGACUUAUUUUCUGCUCAACAAAUGUCGUCAAAGUGCAAGUCUCUUCAACUUUAAAGGAAAAAAAUUUGCCAGUUACAAGCAGGAAUCGAUCCUAGAGUGCUAAAUCUGCAGUCUCCUGCCCUAACCACUAGACCAAGGAGGAUUCACUGCAGGACUUCAGAGUAAUUUAACUACUGUAGCGAAAACCCUAACCCUAAAUAAAAGCUAACUGUUAACCCUAAUCACUAUUCUAAGUGCUUUUAAACCCUAACCAGUAUGGUCAGUGCUUAACCCUAAUCAGUAUUUUCAGUGCUUAACCCAAGUCAGUAUUGUUAGUUCUAUAGGCUCACUCAUAUAUAUAAACAUAUAUGCAAUUACUUUGUGUAGGCAUCACAAGGUAUCCAAGGGCGGUUUGAGAUAUGGAAACUAGCGUUUACCUCUAUCCUAGCCCUAAUUUGUGAAUUAUUAGGGCAAGGAGACAAAUGAAACUAAGAAUCAACCUACUGUAGGUGAAAAAAUUUUAACCUGAAUAUAAUCUUGACUUGUGACAUAUACACCUGUAAUAUUAAAAAAAGUAAACUGAAAGUCACAACAGUCCUUUCUCUGUUAGCUGAAUUAAUUGCUCUUGUUAUGUAAAUAAAUGAAGUGGCCUCUUUGAUCUUUUACAGAUUGAUGUGUUAAACUGUACCACAGUGAAAGUGUCAUGGAGUGGACAAGUUAAUAACAACAGUCAUCUCACAGGAUGCAACUUUGAUCUGCAAAUGUUCUCCAAAACAUCACCUUAUCAUUCAAUUUAUAGGUUGGUGUAUGCCGGUGUAUGUAUCUUUGUUGACUGAGGGUUUUCUUAAAACUCUCCCUCUCUCUCUCUGUCUCUGUCUCUAGCCACUCCUCUCAACUGCUUAACGGAGGGGUGCAUACCCCAGAAGCAAAGUGACUCUCAGUCUCGUGCCAAAUUCUGUUCUUGUUCCAUGAACAAAACAAUAGUGUUUUAUCAGUGUUCCAGCCAGAGUGUGCCAUUGCGUGAAUCCCGCAAAAGAUCUAGAGAAGGCCCCCACUAAAAGCGUUCAAGGGCCAUUAUGGCCCUUUCCUUCGUUAAUUCCGUGGGCUUUUUUAGCAUGACGUUCUUACCCGAAAAAGGAUAAACCUGACAAACGCAUCUUCGAGGUCUAUCAAAAGUUUUUCCUCAGUAAGUAACGAAAAAGUGGAUGGAGGCGAAGCAGUUCAGAAGAAGCGAAAGGAAGCAGAUCUUGACGGUAAAGUGGAAAAUAAAAUGAAAAAAAAAACUUACUAUUUUUAUUGCAUACAUUCUGAUUGUACUGUUUACUUUAUUACCAAAGAUCUCCUCUAUUGUGUAUAAAAAGGGAUGCUCCAUCUCAGCUUCAAGUAAACUGCCAUUUUCAUUUCCUUAACUUUCCAACUGUUUCUUCUCUUUUGCAUAUUAGAAAGAUACUGGUAUAUUAGCCCUUUCUUGAAAAAUCUGGCCCCCAAAAAUGGGUUGUAGGGGCCACUUUGGCCCUCAAGCAGAAUUUUCUGGCUGGAACACUGUUUUAUGGAGAAUUAUGGCUGCCAUUGAUCAGAGAUCUCUUAAGGCUUUUUUCCUUAAUGACCCUUAAAAGAAGAAGUUUAAUCCAAAGCACAGACUUAAUUUUUCUCAAUGCAUUGGCAGUUCAACAUACAUAAACUUCAAUGAACAUAUAUCUUUAGUAUGCAAAAAAGUCAACAAUCAACUUACACUGUAAUGUCAUGAUUUUGUAACCUUAAUAAUUUGUACUGCCACCAAGGUAAAGUUGUAUAAUGCUUUCAUUUUGCCCCAAUUUCAAUACUGUUCUACGGUCUGGCAUUUUUUUAGUAUUAGAAACUGUGAUAAAUUAGAAUCUCUUACUAAGCGCACCGUACGAAUUACUUAUGCUACUACAUAAAUCAUUAGGAACUACUCCAUGCAACCAAAGGAUACAAAAUAUAUUAAUCACUAUCUACAAAUGUUUGAGCUAUGACAGUUUUCCAAAAUAUCUUAAAGACAUGCUCACUUUGCAUCAGUGUGAAUACUCUUUUAGAAGUACUAAUACUUUAGCACUUUGUAAAACCUGUUAAGGACUACUUAUGGCCUCAACUCUUUUCUUUACUUUGGAUCUAAGUCCUGGAACUCCCUACCUAAUAAUGUAAGAUCUGAGCCUUCUUGAACUCGUUUUAGAAGACUCCUAAAAUUAAUCUCCUUUCACACAUAAUGGUAUUUUUGACAUUUUUCAUGUACGUAACGUAAUCAAAUGUAAUGAGAUUUUCCUUUUUAAUUAUUUAAGUUUUUUUUUUCUUUUUUGUGCCAUUUAUGUUCUCGAAGAUAUUAGCCUUUCAGGCUACUCUGAAAUUUGUGUUUAAAUAUUUAAAGUUAAUGUAUGUAUCUAUGUGCAUAUGUGCUUGUGCUAACUUCAAGCAUUCUGUCAAAAUCUCUUGCUAAUGAAAGAGCGUGAUUUUAAAUCCUUCAAUUCAGUUUCAUACUCAAUCCAUUGCAUCUAUGUUUCAUAUCAACUUUUUGAAAUGUGAUGAUUGAUUCAUUGGACUGAAUAGGCCAAUUGUCGAGUUCGUAAAACCCUCACUUUCAAAAUGAGGCUAAGUACCAAAAGGUGAAAAUGAGUUUUAUUUGCAUGAAAAUAAAAAAUCAUUUUCAUGCCAAUGGCUUUGCACUUAGCCUCGCUUUGAAACAGAGGCUUGAGGCAAUGCGGAAAUGUCCUAUUUGGUGAUUAUGUUCUCUACAGAAGGUGUCAAUUAAGUUACAGCACUCACUCAGCUGUUUUGCAAUUUUCAAUAACCAUAACAUUUUCAUUAAUUUUGUUUUGUCUGUUUUAGUGGCACAGAUAAAGAGUUUACCAUUAAAGACCUCAAACCAGGGACACAGUAUAAGUUUAGGUAAGGUAGUUCUAUAUAUGUUUUAUGAAAUAACUAUAAAUAUACCUUAAAAUUCUGAAAAUAAGCCCCUCCACGUAUAAGCCACUCCAAAUAAUAUUAUAAGCCCCCCAAACUUGUAACGCAAAAAACCCUCCUUUAAGUCCCCCCUCCAAAUAUAAGGCCCCUCCAGAGGGCUUGUACUUAGAAAUUGCCCUCAAAUACAAUGUAAAACAAAGCAAAAAUGGUAAAUUUCCUUCCAACCAUAGGGCCAGCCGAAUCAGUUUUGAAAUGCAAAUUUCCCUCCAAAAAUAAGCCCCUCAAAAAGGGCCUUUGAAAAAUAUAAGCCCACGGGCUUAUUUUCAGAAUUUUAAGGUAGUAAAAAAAUGCACGUUCUGAUCAUUUAAAAGCGAUGAGAAUCAUGUAGCACGUAAUGAGAUUCUCGUCACGCAGGAAACGAGAUGCGACUGGUACAUGUAACUUUCUUUUGAGCAGUUUUGUAUAAAACCAAAGAUUCCACAGAAAAGCUUUUUAAUAAUUGGUUGUUCGCACCUCUGAACUUCAUUUGCAGACUCAUGCUUCAGAACCACUAUAAUUAACAUUCACUGUAUUUCAGCUUAAAUCUAGUAUUUAAUGAACUUAUGACCACAGUACAUGUACAGCAGCAGUCGAGAUAGCAGGAAAAUGCCAGUCCUGUGACCACAAGACAACAUCUGAAUAAUGACUCUUUUAUGAAUGAUUUCCAAGCAUUAUGUAAGUUUACAUUAUUUUUUAAAGGGUCCAAGCUGAGAAAGAUGAUGAAAAAGGGGAGUUUUCACCGGAGGUGACUUGUGAUAUGCCCUGCUCUGUGCCAUCGACACCUGCACAGCCUUACCUUGGGAAUAAAACAAAAACCAGUUUCACUAUUAAGUGGACAGUAAGUUAUCAUUUUUUUUUGUUAGAAUUACACUGGCUGUACUUUCAAUUUUUUCACCCAAGAAAACACGAUGCCUCAGCCACAACGGCUGAAGAAGCGAAGGGCUUAUAUUAUUGAGUCCUACGACGAGGAUUAAACUUUGAAGAAGGCUAUUAAUUUUUUGCAGUAACAAGAUUUUAGAACUCAUGCUUGAGCAUUUGCAUGAAUGAAGUUUACUCUUGUUUCUUUUGCACUCCAAUGAGUUUUUGUAAAGUGACAUCUGUCAUUCUGUUUUGUUGACAUGUACAGUGUAAAUGCGUUUCCAGUUCAGCUUUUUACAAACCAGCCGUGUGGACCAAUACAGAUUCAAAAAAAUGAGUGAUUUCAAAAUGGAUGUAAUAAAGUGGUAAUUGAACUUCGUGUAGUGCAAUUUUGGUCUGAAAUCAUACUUGUGAUUUUGAAAUCAUGCGUAUGAUUUCAGACCAAAUUGCACUCCUCCUCUCAGUUCAAUUACCACUAUUAAUAUUAUAGCAUAAAAGGUUCCAAUAUAUGGAUUGUUUAAAAUCCACAAGGACUUUAUUACAAAAAUUUUAAUGGUUUCUAACAGUGGCUGAUUGUUUUUCAUCAGACCCCAUCAGAUAAUGGAUCACAAAUCACACUCUACAGGCUGGAGUGGAACAAAGGUGAAAAGGGAGGUGCUUACACAGAAGUGUAUUGUGGACCCCAGCGACAGUUUAAACUUUCUCACAAGCUUCCCCCAGCAACUCCAUGCUCAUUCAGAUUACAAGCUGUGAAUGGCAUUGGAGCAAGGUUUGUACUUACAACAAUAACUUUUAACAGUGUUUGCUAUUAUAGCUUUUUCACUCCUCUUUUGUUGUAAUUCCUGCCUUAAACAAGUAAAUACAGUAAAAAUGUUAUUGAUCUGGCAAGGAUGUCACAACUAUCAUGGUGGCUUCUUUCAAUGCUUCACAACACAGCAGCAACUCAAGAUGUAAGUUUCAAUAACUUCCUUAAAAAAAAAACAAUCAGGUCAGGUUAACGUUAUUCCGUCUCAGACCCUUUCAAGCAACUAAUUACAAAAAUGCAGAGCAACUGGAAAAAAUAAAACUAUUCUAAGGAGAGGAAGUUUUAUAGCGGACACUUGUCUUGUAGAACAUACAUAGCAUUCAAUGAGACAUUAUUGCAAGCAGUAAACAAAUUCUAUGAUACACAAAUAAACCACAUGAUGAAUAAUAAUAAUGCUAUAUUGAUUUCAAAACAAAUCAUUCUUUUUAUGCACGUUUUCAUGGCUGUUGAUGAGACUGUAGACCAAACGUUUUGAAACUUUUGCUUGUUGUUUCAAAGACUAUUACUUUGCUAGAUGUUUUGGGAGUGAAAUGUUUUAUAUGUAAAGAUGUAUUUUUGUUUCUCAGUAAGUUCAGCAAGGAGUUAAAGUGUGUAUCCAGUGCAGGGGUGCCAUCAGCACCUGAGCCUCCUAAGAUGGACAAGGCAGGUGUUAACUCCAUUCACUUGUCAUGGAGUAAGCCAGAAUCAAAAGGAGGUUAGAAUUAUACAAUAUCCUGAAAUUGAUUCACUAUACAUGUAACUACAUGCAUUAUAGUUAUGUCAUUAAAAUUUUGUAUGAUUUGUGACAAGCGUGUAAAAUUUCCUCUUUAUUCUAAAUUCUCUUUGUAGUUCUCAAAUUAAUAAAUGUUAUAAUAAAAUUUAUUAUUUUCAACAGAUAUUUAUAACUUUAAUUAUUUUUAUUUAAUGUAGCUGAGAUAACUGAGUAUUUGGUGGAAAUGGAAGAUGACUCUACAGUAAGUGCACGAUGCUGAUACCUGUAACCUUAUUUGAACUGAAAUAAAAUCUUUACUUUUUAGAAGUCUACAAAUGUACUACUGUAAGAUCGCAGUUAUAGUCAAACCUUCACUAAUGGCCACCCACUCUCCAUAACCGCCACCUUUCUACAACAGCUACUUAUCUUUGUCCCUGUGGACAGUCCAUAAAUUGCUUCUUGUUUAAACCAAUCUCUAUAACCGCCACUUCUCUACAACGGCAGCGACCACCAAAGCGUGUCCCCAACUGCCAAAAUAACCUCUCGAGAACAGACAGUUUUAUCAGCAACUGAUGAAAAAGUCAAGAAUGUCAAUGAAAUUUGAUCCGUAUGGCGUCUUGAUGAUUAAUCGCAGCAAUCAUUAUUGAUCACUCCAUUUAUACUGCUACAUUAAGCAUAAAUAAUUGUCUACAGUACUUAUUACGAAUCCUGCGAACCUUGCUUGCUGUAAUUUGUCAUUGUUUAUAUUAUAUGUAUGAUUCAAAACAUUGCUAAGUUCUUUGUUUAUUUUCUCCCCAAAUAAUUAUUUUAUAUGACUGGAUUGCCAUUAUGAGAUACAGUGAACACAAAAUAAGCACCAAUGAACAUAUUGUACUCCCUAGAAAAAAUUCUCAUGUAUUACGCCCCCUACCUCCUCAUAAUGGCCACCUCUCCACAAUGGCCACUUUCUUCUGUCCCCAAGGUGACCGUUUUGGAGAGGUUCCAUGGUGACUGUAUUAUAUUCAUUACUUGCUAGGUGUAUAUGUUGCAAAAAAUUUAUUAAAGGCCAUGCAUGAAAGUACAUGAUUUUUUUUGUUUUUUGAUUUUCCAGGGUUAUGGUUUCCGUGUAGUAUAUCGAGGAAUAGAAAACUACUGUGUCAUAGAAAAGCUUCAGAGAAACACUUUUUACAAAUUUAGGGUAAGUGCAGUAAAAUAAUUAUAAAUCACUGUCGAUGUUAAAAGUUCCACUACAUGUACCUAUUAAUAUAAAGAGCCAAAGUGGCCUAUGCCUGCUAAUGAACAGUCAAUCUGGCAUGCUUUAAAAUUUGGCAGCGUUUUUGUUGCUUAACAUUUGCCUGACUCAUUAACAUGUAGCUGUUUUAUUACCUGCUUUAAAUUGUGAUUAAAUAAUGUAUUUAACGCAAUAGAAAGCUAUGUUGUUUUGUUAUCUGUCUGAGGAGGACAGGCUGGCAUUAAUUGAUACUACUGUUACCCAACCCUGUAGCAUGAUUAACGUCCUUUCCUAGUGGAAUAAAGAAAACAGGAGGCAUCAGUUCUUUGUGGUUACUUUGGGACACUGCUAACCCAUUCCUCUGAUUUAUUUAUAAUACCAGUAAAGUAAUAAUGUACUUCAACACUAGGGAUAUUGUAAGUAUUAAAGGCUUGUGGGUAAGUUAAGCUUAGCAUUAAUGUAAUUUAACAGACUUAAUCUUUUUUGAUUUGUUGUACUACAGCUUCUGGCUUCUAACUCGCAAGGAAAAAGCAAGUGGAGUGAUACUGCUAUAUUUGGUACACAUCCUGAAAAGCCAGGUACUGCUUGGGUAAUGCUAACUCUGACUUCCUUGUACCUUGUGGUUUGGCAAAAGAACAAAAUAAAGCCAUGUUAAUUUAUCAUUUCAAGCAAUGUGGAUACCAUAUUCCUAAUUGGAAGUAAUUUUUAUACUAUAUACAUGUAGACACAAAUGUAAGCAGAAUAAACAGAUCCAUUCAGUGAAUAUAUUUAUUAAUGCUUAAUUUUAUUUCUUCCCUUCAGGUCCACCAUCUGAUCCUGUUCUUGUAGGGAAAGUCCGGACGUCAGGGUUCACUGUCUCAUGGGGUAAGUGCAUGUGCAGUCAUGUGUCAUGUGGUUAUAGUAAUCAUUAAAUGUACAAUUUAUAAUGCAACAUUGAAAGUACUUUAUUAUGCACACGUUUUGUCUAAACAACCAUGCAAUAUUACUACUGACAACAAUUGAAUUUAACUUAUCCCAUAGACCCGCCAUCAGACACUGGAGGUUCUGAUAUCACCACUCAUGUGUUACAAGCAGAUGUUGGAAAAGGUAGUAAUACACUUAGUAUAUGUUCUUUUUUAAAAGUGUGCAGUAACAAAAGCAGCUGUUGUUGGUAAUGAUCACACCAAUAUAAUUAGAUUUUCUUACUUGUACUUUGUUAAUGUGAAAAAGCUAUAGCAGAACUAUAUGCCAGUAAUAUCUUGAACAGUACCUUGUCCAAAAAUGAGGACUCCAGUAAUUGUCUUGUUUUUACUUGCAGGAGGAGAGUUUAAAGAGGUGUACAGAGGGCUAGAAUGUGAACAUACCUUUAGUGGAUUGUCCCCUGGACACCUAUAUAGGAUUCGUGCUGCAGCAGUUAGUGAUGGGGGCACAAGUGAGGUUAGGGCAUGCAAGAAGUAUAAAUAUUUUGAAACACAGCAAUUCAUAAUUGAAAGCUACAAUCUGUGUGAAGAGUUGAAUACAUGUAAUCAGUUGAUCUGUUUUUGUUGAAAUAUUAUUGGCAGUGGAGUGGAAAUAAGAAUAGAAAGCUUUUAUUCCCAUAAUUAUCUAGGAGAUCAUUAGUUGCAUUUCUAUACAAUUUCAGUGGUGUAAGAUUAUGAAAGUGAGAACGUUACCAGUGAUUCCUGGACAAGCAAACCCACCAGUGUUAUCCAAAGCUCACAAGCCUCAACCUAACACUCUGGAUCUCCGAUGGGGUAAGUUUGCUGAGUAAGGCAUCUUAAUGUAAAUAAAUAGUUGCUGUGGUUCUAGGCAGGUAUGUUGUAUUCUUUUUUUGUUGUUGUCAUUGAGACCUGACUACAGAAAAUCUUUGGAUCACUUAGUGAUGGUGCAGCAUUAUUGUUCUGUGUUAUCCUGUUGAUCAAGCAGGACCAGAGGUGAUUAAUUUUAUUCAGGGAAGGAAGGUUGGUGCAGUCAUGACAGGACUUGUCCCAAACCAGUGGGGCCAGCAUUUGAAUCCCAGAGGUGUCUUGAUCCUUUAUGUGGGUUGAGUUUGUUGUUGGUUCUCAUCUUUACUCUGACUGUUUUUUUCCUACUGUAGGUACUGUGGUUUCCCCUCUCCUUAAAACCUAAUAUUUACAAAAACAUUGCAACUCAAUCCAUAAUGGUAGAAAAAGAAUCGCAUUGUAUGGGCCACUGGUAACGCUACAUUGUAUGUGGCAAGGUUACCUCAGUCGGUAGAGCACUUGACUGCAGGGCAGGAGGUGGCGGGGGGCCUUAAGAUAACUGAGAAUUGAAGGUACUGCCUUUGCCCUGCAAACGGCUAGACCUUCAUGUGGCUCGGAUCUGACCAAGUACAAUGGCGGUCCCAUCGUCAGUAGGAGACAUUGAACUCAUCGCCAAUAGAUGAGCUUGGGAACUGGUGCCUUCUCAGGCAUAGCAAGGAGGUAUCCAUGGCAACACUGCGAGCUGGAACCACCCGUGCAUGCAACUACCAACUGGCAUUGUCACACUGAAGGAAUCACACAACCCCAAAAAGGGAGGGAAGGGCUCAGAGCCAGAAUCUGCAAAGAUUCGCUUUAACACCAGAUACACAAAGAUCAGCUCAAAAUGCCAGCAUGAAAUGCAUUGCAAGUCACAAAGUAAGCAAAGGCCCCUGUGUUCACCCCACGGAUCUCAUACGCUUGAGCGGAAGAACACAGACUACAUUAGCCCGCAAUUUAACUUUGCUGAAAUUACAUUUAGCCACAUUUAAACUCAUCGCCAAUAGAUGAACUUGGGAACUGGUUCCUUAAAGGUCAGACAGGAGCCUGAGCACCUCAGGUAUAGCCAGGAGGUGUCAAGCACCUCCCUAUGCCAUGCCACAAUCACACCCGCUAAGCACUGAAGGAAAUUUUGCUGCUGUGCAUGCAACCAAUAAUCCACUAACAUCAACUUCUUCGACGCUGAGAGGGCGAUGAACCAGUUAAGUCAGUUUCUCAGAAAGGGAUGCCAGGGCCCCAGCCAGCGUCCUUAUAUAUAACUGAUAGGCAUUACUUGACUGCCGCCCUAGCACUUGAAUUUAAUAAGAGGUCUGCCUGGAACACCAUUACGACUGGCAACUUCGUGCUAAAUACAUUGAAACUUAAAUGAAGUGCCUUUUUUUUCUUUUUACCGAAAAAUUCACGGUGUUAAAAUCUCUCGUGGCAGAUCCACCUGACUAUGAUGGAGGUGCUGCAAUAUCUGGCUACGUCCUUGAAAUGGAGAAUCCAGGAACAAAAGGUAAAAGAACUUACAGAUGUCUUCAUUUACACUCAGCUGUAAGAUACAUGUAACUGCAACCAACAAUUUUCAAUCAUGAUAAAUUUUAUUCUCUCUGUUAUGAAGAUAAGAAAUUACAUUCAGUGAUAAGGAAAGUUUUGUAUAACAGGGACGUAGGGUUCCUUUUUCUUUUUUAUACUGCCAAGUGAACAGCUUUUUUAUUUAAUCCAAUGCAUUUACUUUACAAGCCAGACUUAUACAGUGUAAGUGUAAGAUCUCUGGUUAUUCUGUUAAAAUUUUAGUGACUUAAAACAACUACAUGUAUUGUUUGUUUGUUUGUUUGUUUUUGCGUAUACAGAGUUUAGAGAAAUUCACCAUCUUAUGGACAAUGUUUGUACAGUGCGUGGUCUUCUUCCUGGCAAAACAUACUCAUUUAGAGUAAAAGCAUUAAAUGACGCUGGGGUAAGAGUUAAUACAAGACUUAGUGAAUCGUUAUGCAUCAUUCUGAUGUAGUUUUACCUUUAGGUCACGUAUUCAUUUAGUCCUAUCAGCUAUCUAUUUUCUGGUUAGUGCAAUGUAGUUUUACCUAAGUUGAGUCCAGAAGCAGGGUUCAUUCAAAGUCUUGGAUUCUUGAAAAAAAGUCUUGAAAUUCGCCCAGCAAUUUUGCAGACCUGGAAAAAGAAAUAGAGAUAAAGUGUGGAGUUUUUUUUUCAAAGCUACAACAAGUUACGUGAUUAAUGAGUGAAAAAUAUGUUUUUCCCCGUGGUCAAAUCCCAUUUAGUCUCGCCGGUAGCCAAGACAUUUAAUCACAGAAUGAGAAGUUUCUCUCACGUCUGCAUUGUACCGUGGUUACCGUAUGCUUGCAGUUCACCAUGAAAAAAUCUUGGUUUCUGCAUUUUGCUAGGUGUCUAUUGAUCAGCUAUUUGUCAACCUUGAGUCCGGAAACAUAUAGUAUUGUUUUCGAAAAGUCUGGAAAAAGUCUUGAAUUUGGAUCCAAAAAUCUGUACGAACCCUGUAAAGGAGUACAUUGUAGUGAUUUGACAUCAUUACAGCAGGGAAAGCUUAGUACUGAUAUUCUUAUGUGGACUUGUUAUCAGGUGGGCAAAGUAUCAGUUGUGUCCCACAUCACUACUGCCCCAGGCCCCCCUGAUUCACCAAGAGAGCCUGAUACAGUCUGCCGCUCAGCUGCUGCAAUCAAUGUUUCUUGGGAGGUGAGUAAGGUGCUUUGUUUCCAACUAUUGAACUUACAGUCGUGUAAAAUGCGACAGAUUCUUUGUGUCAAGAAAUUGUCGCAGACAUUGCAAUCUGCAGCAAUGACUUUUUUGUCCUUUCUUCUUAAGUCUGCAAGUAUUUUCAUCUUAUUUACUUAAUUACAUGUAUUUUUGACAGUUUUUGUCAUAAUGUUUACAAUGUAGGUUUAGGUGUAGGUGUAGGGAAUUAUCCAAUAAUACUGUAAAUAGGAACCAUUCAUCUUGAAAUUAGCUUAAGUAAGGACUUCUUUCCUAAGCCAUCUGUAGCUUUCUGAACAUCUGAUUAUUAUUUUUCUUAUUAACUUUCUCUUUGCUAUUCACAGUCCCCAGCAGAAAAUGGCACGCCUGUGACAGGCUACAGUUUAGAGUGGAUGGAGGAUGGAACAUUUGUUGAGGUACUAUAUACUGCACUAGUGUUUUUUCUGGGCGCUGAUGUUGUGGUACGUUACAGAGAUCAGCUGAACAGAGCAGCUUACAGUGAGUUUACUAUCCUGCAUUUCUUUUGUAGCUCUAUAGUGGACCUGACAAAAGCUGUGAAGUUCGUAAAGGAGUUAGCCCAGCCAGCUUUUAUUACUUCAGAGUUAAGGUUUGUAUUGAUAUUACUAAGUAACUGCAAAGAUGUGUAUCAAGAACUAAAGUGACAUGAAUGUUCUCCUGUAAGGUGUUUAAUGCGUCUUGCUUGUGAUUCUUUCCAGGCCCUCAGUGCAGCUGGCCCUAGUACCUGGAGUGCAGUCAGUACUUGUCAAACACCACCUGCCUCUCCUUCUGUUGUAACAUCUAUCAAAAUUGUAAGUACUUAUGUAUUUUCAUAAGAGCGACAGCAAAGUAUCUGCAUGGUGGCAGCAUACCUUUGGUAUUAUUUUUGCUUUCUCAUAUUAUGCCAUUACAAAGCAUAGCUUAGCUUGGUGUAAUUAAUGUAGUAUAUAAACAAAUUACCAUAAAAUAGACUUUGAAGUUCUGUAUGUUGAUAAUGUCACUAAAAUCAGAUUUUCAUAUUGCAGGUACAACAGUCUUCCUCUCAUGUGCGCCUGUGCUGGAGACAUCCUGGGAACAAUGGUGCUGUUAUUACGUCAUACAAUAUAGAGGUGGCCAGUUGUAAGAAUAUCAGCUUUGAUGUGGUGACGGGUUCAGAAGAAGAGUCUCCUGCUGUUCAGGAGUAUGACAUCACUGAUCUUCAGCCCAACACUUUGUACAGGUAUGAGUAUACGGCCGUGUAAGAAGGUGUGCACACAAUAGUUUGGAGAUUAUUUUUCUGGUUCUCUUUAUCAAUCAUGCAACGCUAGAUCAUUGAUAGAGAGGAUGUAGCGACAUUAUUGCCGCUUUAGCUAUAGAAAGUCCCAUCUCUUGAGACUGGUCCAAAUGAGGUUUUGAGGGGCCUCCAUUUUUUAUUGAUAAACUUCAUUUUUUUGUGUUUCUUUUUCCAGAAUUCGUGUCCAAGCAGUUAACAAAAUUGGCUGUGGUCCGUUCAGGUGAGUCCCCUCUUGCAUGGCUUGUAGCUGAAGAACACAACGUGAAUGCGCCUGCCUUAUCCAUGUAUUUAUUUAUUUGUUCAGUUUAAGCAGUUGAUCAAUGGGUAUAGUGGUAUGCGCCAAGAACAAACGUCACGGUGGUUUCCAAAUGAAGCGCGAAGCACACCUGUGAAAAGCCUACUCACUUGUAUAUUUUUUGUGAUUACUGGGUUAACUGAAGCAGCCUCUGAGGUUUGCUCUUCUAUUUUCUCAGCUCUACCGUGUUUGCUUCAACUGGUGACCUCCCUCCACCAGCUCCUCUGUUAGAGCUCGCCACUGCUUCGUAUCAGAGUCUGAAACUGAGGUGGACGUCACGCAAUACGGGCAGCAAGACGGGUGUAGCUGGCGUGACAUACACUCUGCAGAUGCUGGACAAAAAUGGCAGGUCAGACUGUAAUAAAGUUUUAGCUCCUUUUUUGGGGAUGAAACCUAGUCAUAUAUUUUACGUCGAUUGGAUUAAAAAUGAAUGCAGCUGCCUUGUUGGUGUGGUUUACUUUUGAUGUAUUGUUGUUUCACGGGUUGUGUUUUGAAAAAUGCCCACAUUAAGUGGUGAAUUACGUUUUUGGUAUUCUUGCAAAAUAAAGUGUGGUAAUCUGACUUUGUGAUGAGCUACCGUUCGGUUCAGGGAUAGGGAAUGAAGUAACAGUUCCCGUGGAAAUUGGAGAUGAUUGCUUCUCAAAGUCGUUAAUAAUUUAUAAAGAAAAUACAAAGGAAGUAAUCGUCAAAUGAGUGCGUGUUUUCGUUUUUUUUUUUUUUCAUUUUGAUGGAAAAGCAAUAUCAAACACUCGACACAGUGUUAAAUCACAAGAUCAAACACCUAGUUGUACGUCAAAAUACUCCGGUGUAAGUCAUUCCUUCAACUCUCUUCUCAGCAGUCGGAUCAGUGUUUGAUCUUGUGAUAAAACAGUGUCUCUCCUGUUAAAUAUAGUAAUUGAUUGACACCUUAAUUUGUUCAUUCCGCAAAUUGAGAUCGCGUGUCCAUUCUCUCUUUAACAAACUAACAAGUUCCUGUUAUGUUUUGACAGUUUCUCUACUGUGUUUAACGGUGCAACGACGUCACACAAAGUUGGAAAACUACAGGAGAGGACUGAGUACCAGUUCCGUAUCCAAGCGAGUAACGAGGCGGGACCUGGGUCCUUUUCUGAUACCGUGUCCUUUGUAACUACUGCGCAGCCUCCAAAUACUGUGAAAAGUGAGUAAUGAAAGAGGAAUAUUGAAACAGCAUUCUGAGUGAGCGAAGUAGUGGCCCUUAUUGCUAUUGAUGAUGACGUUAAUGCUGGUAGUUUGAUCUCUUGACGUUUCUAUGUUGUGGUCUGUCUCAUAAUGUAGAUCGCUUUGUUUCGACUGCUGCUGGUUGUUUUUAAGCGAUUUCGUUGAAUGGUUACGGAGUGUAUCGCGAAGGUCGGCUAUGAUUGGUCGAUUUUGAUUCGUAUAGGUAAUAGCAUGAUUUGUGGUGGUGUUUGGCAUAAAUACCAUGAGUGAUAUUUCGAAAUUGUUGUACGUAAUUUCACGAGCUGUUAGGCGAGUGAAAUUUGAGAUAAUUUUGAAAUAUCACGAGUGGUAUUUAUGCCAAAUAUCACGUACAAAUCAUGCUAUUAUUUGUUUAUGCUACUACUCGCGAAAGGAUUGUAAUUUUCACAUGCAGGUAUUUCAAAUUAAGCUGAAAUGCCACUGCUCUAAGCCAAUCAAAUUGCAGAAAUUUCUUAUGAAGUGGUAUAAUCGCUGUUAUUGCGAGACGUAGGAGUUGUUUGUUUUGGGGGUCUGCUAAUGUAGCAUUUCUAUUCGUGAGUAUCCACGCCUCCUUGUUGAUGCAUGUUAUGGGUGAAGCGUCAUUGACCCAAAAGGUCGCAUUACCAGUGCGAGUCUCGAUUAAUGAACCGAACCUUGUCCGAAAGCGGAUCAGUGAUGGCCGAUCUGUUCGGCGUGUUCAGAUUACUGUGGUAAAAAUCUAGCUUUGGUGUUCAUAGAAGAAAGUCAUAGUUAUUGAUAAAUGUUUGUUAGUGUAUAUUGUAUAAAAAGCAAGGAAUUUAAUUGUAAACGUUAUCUUACAGCGCUUGUUGCAGAUGCUUCGACAGCUUCCUCGAUUUUGCUUCGCUGGGAUCCCGUACAAGUUGUCAAAAGAGGAGAAAGCGUUGAAUAUUUAUUACAAAGUCAGUGCGGUGGAAAAGAUCAAGAUUUUGUUCAGGUUAGAAAAACUCUUGUUUUUAUUCGCAUUGUCAAUCAGGUGAAGAACAUAUUCUUGUAGUUGGCUAUGCAUAAAGUGUCCCGAGUCUCAUGGCUGUUGAUUUAUCCAAAUAUAGUCCAUCAUUUGGUAAAGAUCACCGCAUGCCUGUAGCAGUGAUGUUAACCGUUUUCUCUUCUUUUUUAGAUUUAUCAAGGACCGAACACAAAAUUCGAGUACAACUCGAUCCCAGCCUCCUCUGAAGUUCGCUUCCGAGUUUGCGCAGUACGAAUGAUGAAUGGUGGAGACCAAUCACCUAUCCCCGUCAAGGGUGUCUUCUCAUCUGUGACGUCAGCAAGGAGCUUUACUGUCCGAAAGAAGAAAAUUUCGGAGAGCAGCGCAGCCGACAGUGACCAAGAACCGGAAGUAAAGGAGACCAUCAGAAUAUCCUUAACAGACAAACAGUGGGCAGUAAUCUUCUUUUGUGGUUUCUCUCUGUUGGCAAUCGCUGUAGUCCUGUUACUACCUUCUUUGUUUGGAGUCUCAGACUAG